AUGGACAUGUUGUAUGAAGGUCAAGAUAUUGGUGAUUCAUCUCGUGAAGUUAGCACUAAUAAUAAUAGAAAUGAUACUUCUGAAUUGGAUAUCGAAGAUGAAAUAUCUAUUCCACCUUCCAAUAUUGAAGCAUUAAUAUCUGAUCCAUGCAUUCGAAACUUCACACGUGAACUUGAAGGUGAUAGUUUUUAUCACGGUUCCGUAGCUAAUUUUCAAAAAGUCUUUUAUUUUAACGGUGGCGAUUCAUAUGCGAUUCCACAUAAUGGAACUCAAGUACAACCAACUUCUUUAAACAUAGCUCGUGUUGUUGAAUGUUGGCUUAAAGAGAAAUUGUUUCACAGACAACAAGAAUUUAUGCCCAUUUUAGAAGAAUCCCCACUUGUUGCAACUCAAGGGAUCAUAUCAAAAUUGAAAGAAGAAUUCCGUCUACUCAAUGGACUAUCAAAAGUAUCGAUAAAUAUAAGAGUAGGUCACAUUUACCUGCUUCAUAUGAUUGGUGAUGAAAUUGUAAUGUCUCGAAAUUAUGAAGCCUUAGCUCAACUGUUCCCGUUGUUUGUUAACGUUUCUAUCAAAGUACAACCACAUUCGGCCUUUACUCGAAACCAUCAUAACACGUGCAAAGUUUUGGUCGCCGUUGAACGUAUGACAAUGAAUGGUCACGGUGAUAUUCUCUCACCAUUUGGAUAUAAUUAUCAACAACUAAUUGAUGGAACUACUGCCAGAAGAGUUGCUUUCUCAGCGGAUGGACAAUUAUGUUGUAUAUUAGAAGAAGUCGAAGCUGACAAAAAUAAUAUGAAUGGCACGAAUUACUUUUUUGGAGGAGUUCCUUCUGUAAAUAUGAAUUAG